CAAUAAGAAAGUCAACCUAAUCAAUUUCCCUCCACCAUAUUCCACUCGAGUUCUCUCCCUGUCUGACUAACUCCGAGACCAAACCCCAAAAACCCUUUCCCUGGUUCGGUUUGGUUUCUUCCAUACCUGUCUCUUUUUCAUUCUUCAGCUUUAUUCCCUCUCACAAAAUGGGUAUGAAACCAAAUCGUUGAAUGAGCGAGUAAGACCAUAAAAGGGUGUCUCAAAAUGCCAUUUUCGACUCGUCUCCAUCUCUUUGCAAGGCCUUUACUCUCUUCCUCUCUCCUUUACUCUUCCCGCCAGACUGGAAUUAGAGAAAUAAUGAGCAGGAUUGGCAUGAACACCUGCUCGCUUUCUACUACAGUUUCAGCCGAAGCUUCAGAUUUAGAAUCUGAUGAGAUACAUGAUGAUGUCAAAGCAGCACAGAAAAGUAGUGCACUUUCCUUGGCUGUCUCACAGCUUGCUACCGAGUUUAGCAAGGAGUCAAUGUUAUCUUUGAACAAGUUUUUUGGUGUACGCUAUGCCAAUGUCGUAUCUACAGGCUCCUUGAAGCUUGACAUAGCUCUUGGAACUGGAGGAUUACCAAAGGGUAGGAUUGUUGAAAUAUACGGACGAGAAGCAGCUGGUAAGACAACACUUGCCCUUCAAAUUAUUAAAGAAGCUCAAAAGCUUGGAGGAUAUUGUGCAUAUCUUGAUGUAGAAAGUGCAUUAGACCUUUCACUUGUGGAGUCAAUGGGUGUAAAUACCAAAAACCUUCUCAUCUCAAAUCCUGAUUGUGCUGAAAAUUUGUUGAGCAUGGUUGAUACACUAACAAAAAGUGGAGCUGUAGACGUGAUUGUGGUUGAUAGUGUUGCUGCUCUUGUCCCCAAAUGCGAACUUGAUCAAUUGGGAGUUGUUACGAAUCAAGAUUUACAUUCGCGAAUGAUGACUCAAGCACUACGGAAAAUUAAUUAUUCAUUGUCCCGCUCCCAAGCUCUCUUAGUUUUUGUUAAUCAGGUUAGAUUUAGUCCUAAAGCAUUUGGGGGACGUGGACCUAUGGAAGAGGUCACUUGUGGUGGAAACGCUUUGAGAUUCUAUGCAGCUGUUCGUUUGCGACUUUCAAGAAUGGGAUUGAUCAAAACUGAAGAUAAGGUUGAGGGUAUUACGGUUUGUGCGCAAGUGGUAAAAAAUAAACUAGCACCAGCAUCAAUGAAAAAGGCUGAACUUGGUAUAAAGUUUGGAAAAGGCUUUUGCCAAGAAUCAGAGGUCUUUGAUUUAGGUUGUGAACAUGGACUCAUUAUGAAAGAUGAGGGAAACUACUUUAUUGAAGGGGAUGCUUUUAGUAGUAGAGAAGCUGCUGAACUAUUUUUGGCUAAAAAUAAAAGUAUUUGUGACAAGUUAGUUAUGGACAUGAAAAGACUUAAUCUUUAAAAAUUUGGCAAACCUCCUAAUUUUCCGGACCAUGAUCUACGCCAAACUGCAGACUUUAUGUGAUUAACAAACUUGGCAAUCAUAUUCACAAGGCAUCAGUAUUGCCUUCAAUAGGUAGGCAUCAACCACUCUAUAGAUGAGCAAACAACAUUUAAGUUACAGGAAUUGUCAGCUGCUAUAAUGUGACUAUGUGAAGCCCUAUGGAUGUAGGUGUGGGGUACUGCAAAGUCACACUAACAGAAGUGAAAUUUUAUUGCUCUUUGUAAACCAUUUGAAACCUUGUGUAUUAGAAAAUAUUUAUUGUAUUCAUUAGUCAAAGGUUCCAAUUACAGGACUGCAAUGUAAAUGAUGAACUGCCUAAAUUUCCAAGGUUGAAUUUUCUUA